CUGACUGCAGAUCAGAGGCAGCAGAGGGUUAAUAAAUGACGUCAUGUGGGCUCAUUGUGUAUUCACAUGGUGGCCUCGGUCUGUCUGUAGCAUAUAGUGACGUUGCUCUGCAUCACGCUCAGAGAGCGGCUGAGGCUGAGGAGGAAAUAUAGGACAACAGGAGGAGGAAGAAGAGGAGGAGGAGGUCUGCAGUGAACCCACAGAUUCAGAUCCGAGCACCUCCGCAUCAGCUCCAGGAGGAUGAAGGGGCUGCAGCGGCUGUCUCUGCCCGGAGCGUGAGGAAGCUUCCUGGGCUCCAUCUGCCUCGUUUCUCCCCCCUCCUCACCCCUCUGCGUGGAGCUCUGACCCCCCUCUCUGCAGCUUCUCCUCCAUCAGAGGAAACAUGGACGCCUUCCGGCUGCCACCCGUCAUCGAGGAGGUCCUCGACCCAUCCGAUGAGCUCUGUGAGCUGAAGGAGGAGAAGCCCAUCAUGCUGGGAGAAACUCUCACGGCCAAAGAGAGGGAGUCCCUGGAGGAGAAGGAGGAGACGGUGGGUGAAGGAGAGAAGGGGCAGCAGGAGGAGGAGAAGGAGGUGAAGGAGGAGAAGUCUGAGGAUGAGGAGGGAGGAGGAGGGAAAGGCCAAGAGGAGGAGCUGGAGGAGCUGAGAUCUCAGGUGUUGCAGCUGCUGCUGGAGCUGGAGGAGACACGGGAGGUGUCUCAGAGACACGAGGAGAGCUUCGUGGAGCUGCAGGGUCUGUUAGAGGAGGAGCGGCUGGCCAGUGCCCACCAGGCCGAGAGCUUCACCCGGCAGAUCCAGAGGCUGCAAGCUCAGCUGCGUUCAGUCCAGGAGGAGAUGGACAGUUUAGAGGAAGAGAAGGAGAGUGAGUUGGAGGAGGUGCAGCAGGAGCUGCGCUCAGCUCAGGAGGAGGUGCUGAUGCUGCAGCAGGCAGCUGAGGAGGCGGCGGCAGAGAGGGAGAAUGACAUCGCCUCUCUGCAGGAGGAGCUGUGCCGUCUGAGGGCGGAGCUACAGCGUCUGCACGCCACAACGGCCGAGUACGAGCUGGAGGUGACGACACUGAGAGCCGAGCUGAGCAUGAAGAGUCACAGCACACCAACACAGGGUGAGGUGACUCAUCUGCAGGAGGAGUUCAGCUCUCUGACUGAUGAGCGUCAGAGUCUGACCAGAGACAACAAACAGCUGUGCAACAAAGUGGAGCAACUGCAGCAACAACAAGAUGCGUGUGAUGACGUGUACCUGGCAGUCAGAGUGGAGGGCAGCGCUGAACAUGACAACCAGGUGAAGGCAGACUCUUACAUCACUCUGUCCCAGUCCAGACCUGAGCAGCAGGACUCGUCUGACAUACAGGAGGAGAUCAGUGUCCUGAAGGUCAAACUCCGACAAGCUGAGGAGACGGCGCAGAGAGUCCAGAGAGAGUGUGAGGGUUUGAAGGGGGAGCUGGCUGAGCUACAGCAGCUGUAUGACUGCAGCCAGCGGGAGCGAGCGGCACUCGAGCAGGAGCUGCAGCGCUGCAAGGCCGAGCUGCAGAAACUGGUGGGCAGGAAGUCACAGAGUGACUCAGAAGGCUGGAACCUGGCGGUGGUGGCGGUCGCCGUGGCAGCCGUUGCUGUUCUGGUCAUCCCCAGCUUCACCAGGGCCUGAGGACUACACAGGAAGCAACCUCACGGUGGACUGUGGGAUUGUGGGAUUGCCGUCAUCCAUCCAGCGCUGCCGUCAUACAUGUCACCAUCCUGAUGUCUGCUUGUUGCAUCGCUUUGACCCAAACACCACAGACGUCAGUGAGUGCUGGAGGGAAAAGCAAUAAGGUGGCUGAAUUCACGUCGUCAUCCACUGACUUUACGCUUCCUGCAGGUCAGCUCUGCGCAGAGGGUCUGACGAUUGAUCUAUCACCCACCAUCAUGGUCCAAGAGUCAAACUGGAAGAUGUCAUUUUGUUGUACUUCCAGGAGCUGCAGAUGUAGCUUGUCAUGAAGUUUGUGAUGAUGCUGGACUAAGUUGCUGUUUCACAGUUGUGUUAGUGGGUGUUGCACAUAUAAAAAAUAUCUUUACCUUCAGUGUUAAAAUGAAAAGUAUCCGCUCAUGUGGUGAAAUCAUUUGAUUAACUUACUGGUAACAUUUUUUUAGCUUUAGCAUUUCUUAUUUAAUCCAUUGAUUACUUGGUGUUUCUCAAAAAUCAGGUUCUAUCAAACACAAAGUUGAAGAUUUAAAAACUCUACUCAGAGAAAAGUAGCAGAUUUUACUUUAUAAAUACUUCAGUGAUUAUUUUCCUUCAGCUUUAAAAUUCUUUGCCUUAUUUCAGUCCUGCUGGGUUUAAAGAGUAUUUUGCACUCACUGAUAAUGGAGAAAACAGUAGCAGAUAAAACUUGAUUGUUUAGUGUAUCAAACACUUCCUUCCUGUUGUAUAUUAUCUGAUCGUGUGUUUGUCGAAACUUAACGCUGAUGAACAAUAUUCAGAAGGUCUGGUUUGUAGCAUGAAACAGCAGGUUUAGCUUUAUUUUACCUGCCUCACUCCUUAUAGAUCAGCUACAGAUGUCUGGAUUUCUGUGUUUCUAAAUAAGUGGUGUGAACGUCUAUAGAAGUAAAAUAGCACUUUAAAAAAAAAACUUAUUUGCUAAGGAUCAUUUCUGGGGUGAGAUUAUUUCUGUGGACUGAUUUCACUGUGUUUAGGUUCAGAUGUGCCAGAGUUGUGUUAAAUGUUUGCACAGAUGGGUGGAGCAGCUGUUUUUUUUAUCUAAUUCUUUUUGGACAGACACUUUUCUCAUUCUCUGAAAUAAGGUUGGCUUUUGUAAAAAGCUGGCAGAUCAGUGCAGGUUGUAGAAAAUGUGAUCAAAAUGAAAAAGCAGAUCAAAUGCAAAUUUCAGCUUUUAUGUAUGCUGAUGACACAUUAUUUUAUUUAUAAAAAGUUGAAGAUGCAGCAGAGUUUGAUCAAAUGUAAAGAACUGAAAACUGAUUAAAUAGUAAAGUUUUCUGUUACUAAAAAAGUCAAAAAAUUUUAUGCAUGUAGAUGAAACUUUGUUUUACUUCUAAGAUUUGAGCAUGCAGCAGAAAAAUAAGUUUGAUGAAAAUCUAAUCAAAUGAAAACAGAUUGUAGUUAAGCCCCAAUCAGACAAGGGCAGUGGAGUUUAGUCCAAAGACACUGAACUCAGCUUCUUAUACCUUUUAAAAGUGAGAAUUAAACUUAUUGUCACUUUCUUAAAGGAUAGUUGUUAAGAAAAACAUGUGGGCGCAGAUAUCUCUUUACAAAUAAUAGAUGAGGACCAAAUAUCAAGCCUUGUGGACCACCUUUCACUAAACUCAAAGCGGGCCUACUGUGAUAAGAACAUGAAGUUUUGUUUAGCAAUGUAUAUUUCAGGGUAUGUUCAGGUACAGGAAAAAUGUGGUGUGGGGAAGUUAAGCAGAAGAGGACUGAGAAUAGAGCCUUGUGGAACACCACAAGCUUUCUGUUGUGUUUUGUUGUGUUUUUUUUUUCUGGUUGGUUUUUUUCUCAGUAGAAAUUUUUUAAAGGGGGGAUAGAUCCUGUCUGAAUGGGGCUGCAGAGAUUCAGCAUAAAAUGUCAAACCCCAAAGAAAAGUCUACGUCUGCGUUUUGGUUGGUCAAACCUUAAGAAGAUGCCUCAGAUCAUCUUUUUUUGUUCCAGGUCAGAAUGAACAUAUAUUUGUUGUUUUCUUAGCUUUAAACCUUUUUUUUGUGUGAGGUACAAAAACACCUAGUUUCAUUUCUUUUGCGUAAAGACAAGUUUCAAACUUUAAAUGGAUCCAAAUUUGUGUUUACAUUUAAAUGGAGACCAAAUAAUCAUAGAAAAUAAGAAUAAGCUGUUCAAAUGACUGUGAUCCUGUUCAGGGUGGAAUCAGGUAAAUAAUGACCAGCUCAGACAUUCCAGUUUAUUUACAACAUAUGACAGACUGAACUGUGAUCACACAUGUACGCGACUGAAGAUAUUAACGUGACACAGCAGGCCUCUAACAAACUGUAGGAUUUUAAAAUCAAUAAAGGUUUAUUAGAGUUAUUUAUUUAGUGUUUGAUCAAUGUGAUUAAUUCAGAAGUAUGAUCAGGUUCUUUUAUUGUGUUCAAAAUAAUUAGUUGCAUGUGCCAUUAGACCUGUGCAUGACAGACGUGUAGCCUAUUUUAAUGACUUACUAAAGGAAAAACACAUUUUACACAUUUCACUUGUUUUCUUUGUAAUGUAAACAAACCAAAACGAAUCAAUUAUAUAUAUAAAAGAUGACGAGUUAGGAAUGACACAAAUAAAAAAUUCACACAACUUUCAUGUGGUAACAGGUAAAACUUGUUUACUGAAAUUAAAUGUAUGAAAGCCCAUUACUGCCAGAAAAGAAAAAACUUAAAAAUAGGAACAAUAAAUACUCAAUAUUGUCACUAGCUAAGUCAACAUUAUCAGGAUAGUAAGCCAAAUGUUGACUUGCACAUUAUUUAAUACAUUUAUCUGUGAGUUUGACUUACUAUUUCAUCAUUUUGGCCUAAGUCAGCUAGUUUUGACUUGUAUAAAAAUCAUUAUAACCCGUCUUUGACUUGCUAGUGUUUUAGGUCUUUCCUGGCCUUGAUUCUGGUGUGGUUGUGUAUCGGGGCUCUCACUGUCUUUAGUGUUGUGUUUCUUGUUCUCGUGUUAAAACUGUCUGAAAAUAUGUGAUUUAUUCGAGACUUCCAAACUUCACCUGGCACUGAAUCUGUUUCUGUAAAAUGUUUUUGACCUGUGUGUUAGUGUGUGAACACAGACUCAGUAACACCUUUUUAUUAUUUUGUCAGUAAAAACACUAAAAUCUUCCCGGAUGCUGCAUGCAGAUGUUUCUCUGUACAGACUCAGAACCUUUGUUUUCUAUCAGUGCUUUGUACUGAUUUUUCUUCACCUCAGUUUCUGCUUGUUCGCUUUUAAAGGGCAUCGUUUUUCCUACAGCUUAUUAUGUGGUAAUAACGAGCUUUCAUCGGACGUUUGCAAAUGUAGCUUUAGGAAGAGUCUGGGGUGGACUGAUUAUUGGUUUCCUGAUACAUUAAUAUACAGCAACACAACACCGACUGUUUAUCAUCACACAAAAAUCACAUCUGGAUUUAUAGACACAUUCAGGACAGUUUAAAGAACUUUCUUAUAUCUCUUGUGUGAAUAUGGAUUUAGUUUGGAAACUUCUCAAACACCUGAGCUUCCUGUUGGGCCGCCAAAUCUCCUCUGAUGGUUCUCAUGUGUCUGUGCUGGAAUUAUGGCGACAACGGUCACCAUAAUAUCCUCAGUUUCUCUGCCGGGUUCCUUAUGUGCCAUAGUAACUUGUACUUGAUGUCAGGUUCCUGAUGGUCGUUCACAAAUGUUGAUAUUCAAAGAAUAUUGUCACAGAAGAAACUCCUCUCAGCAGAGCUAAAACACAAAGUUUACUGAUUAAAAGCACUGACCUGAUCCUUUUGAUCUCGCUUCACAAAAUGAAAAUAUAAAAGUGAAAAAUGUAUUUUGUGAUAUCGGUGACAUCCUGGAUCGGUCCAUCCUUAGCGCAGUCCUGACAAACGUUAGCUCUCUGUAGGUAUCUCCUUCCUGCAUGUUAGGUUUAGAGGAGUAGUGAGUUUGCAUGAAACGAGUAGAUGUAGCCGCUGUAGCAGCUUCACAAUUAAAUGGCUCUCGCCGAGCUGUAGCAUGAGUGCUCGAAUCCAAUUCUUCCAUUAGCCGCUGCAGACUGUGCUCUUAGCCACUCGUGUUUAUGGUGGAUUUUAGUUUCAUCUGGGUUUAACCUAGCUGAGCAUGAACACUGGGGUCACAGGAGCACCUGAACAUCUACACAAUGGUUUACAUGAUGUUUAUGUGGUCCUCACCGUCACUGAACUAGUUUAAGUUAUAGAACUACAAACAGUUUAACCGACAUGUUUUCCUGCUGGUUUCUAAUGAGUGUCAUUUAGUUUAGCUGUGUCUAAAGUAGAUCGUGCUGAUAAACUGUCAUCAGUAGCAACUAGCUCAUUGAUAAGUUAGCACAAAGACCGGCAGCUAGGUAGAAGUGCUAGCCACCAAAAAGCUAGCCUGUUUUUCUAGCUAAGUGUUUUUUUUUCUUUUUCAGUUAUUAGCUGCUCACAGCACUGUGGUAGUUGCUUAUAGUACUGAUGUAACCAGUGUUAUUGUAGUUUUUUGUGUUUAGUUAACUAGCUCAGCCUAGCUUAAUAUAUGCUAGCCAGGUAGCCACAAAAAGCUAGCAUGCUAAAUGUUUUUCAGUAAUUUGAUAGUUAUUAACAGCAGAUAUAUCUGACAUCAUGGUAGUUUAUUUAGAAAAUUAAUGUUUUCUUGUUUUGUUUGUUGUGACAGGUGUUUAGAUGUUUAAACAUGAUUAGCCAAGCUCAGCGUAGAUUAGCAUAUUAGGUACACGGGGAAACUACCACUGAAAUAAAAACUACAGAAUGAUAGCUUAGCAGCACUUAGCUCAAAUGCUACUAAGCUAUCAGUUUCCCUUGUAUCUAGUCUUUGUGCUAAGCUAGGUUCAUCCUGGAUGUUUUCCUGGACAAAGGUGAAACUGAACCAUCAGAAAAGAUUUUAAAAUAUCUGUUUUACUGCUGGUUGUGUGCGUCAGGUGUUAGCUGUCAGGUAUCAGGUGUGCUGUAUGAGCUCUGCUUUUACUUUGGUGUCCUGACUCGUAGCCGUGAUAAAGUGGCACGUCACUGUCGUCUGGCUGCUGUUUGAGCUGAUUUCCUGUUUCUCUUCUUUGCUUCUGAACUCUAUUCCUGAUGUUUCUGCACCAUGCUAACAUCUUUCUGGGAUAAUAUUUUAUGUUCAGUUUUGUAAAUGAUCUGACAAAUAAACGUAAUUUUCCUUGUC